GAGUGAGGCGUCGUCAGUGCUGGAGGCAGGCUCUGGUCGCGGCCGCGGCUAGUUAACAUCGGUUUUCCAAUCUGUCCGCGGCUGCCGCCGCCCAAGAUAGAGCCAGAAUGUUCAGGAUGCUGAGCAGCAGUUUUGAGGAUGACCCCUUCUUCUCUGAGUCCAUUCUUGCACACCAAGAAAAUAUGCCACAGAUGAUGAGAAGUUUAUCUGAACCCUUUGGAAGAGACUUGCUCAGUAUCUCUGAUGGUAGAGGGAGAGCUCGUAAUCAUAGAGGACAUAAUGAUGGUGAAGAUUCUUUGACUGCAAUGAGUUCUCUUGUACCUUUUGGCAGUUUUGGUGGUAUGCAUACAGAUGUCAGCCCUUUUCAGACAGUGGACCAAAUGGUGUCAAAUAUGAGAAACUAUAUGCAGAAAUUAGAAAGAAACUUUGGUCAACUUUCACUGGAUCCAAAUGGACAUUCAUUUUGUUCUUCCUCAGUUAUGACUUAUUCCAAAAUAGGAGAUGAACCACCAAAGGUUUUUCAGGCCUCAACUCAAACCCGUAGAGCUCCAGGAGGAAUAAAGGAAACCAGGAAAGCAAUGAGAGAUUCUGACAGUGGACUAGAAAAAAUGGCUAUUGGUCAUCAUAUCCAUGACCGAGCUCAUGUCAUUAAAAAGUCAAAGAACAGAAAGACUGGAGAUGAAGAGGUCAACCAGGAGUUCAUCAAUAUGAAUGAAAAUGAUGCUCAUGCUUUUGAUGAGGAGUGGCAAAGUGAGGUUUUGAAGUACAAACCAGGACGACACAAUCUAGAAAACACUAGAAUGAGAAGUGUUGGCCAUGAGAAUCCUGGCUGCCAAGAACUUAAAAGAAGGGAGAAACCUCAACGAAGUCCAGCCAUUGAACGUGGAAGAAGAUCAAAUGUUUUGGGGGAUAAACUCCACAUCAGAGGCUCAUCUGUGAAAAGCAACAAAAAAUAAAUAGCCAUGCAUUUGAUUUGCUUAGUUUUGGUUGUUUUAACAGUUAAUAAUGGUGCUGGGUAAUAAGCAUAAGACCAAUCUCUUGCUGUUAAAUCAGUUCUGUCCUUGGCAACUUUCUUGUGAUACCUGAAUGUUCAUGAAGGUCCUAGCUUUAUAUUGUCCCUCUUGUAGGAAUAAAAUUUUGAUUGUCAACAAUGUGAGUACAUUGUGAAACAGUCUAUUUAAUAUAAAACUCUUUAAAACAUACUAAUUUUUUAAAGCUGAUUUCGCUUCCCCAGCUGUUUUUGUGUUGGCUAGGUAUUCUUUUAUAUUUAUCAAGAUUGAUUGCAGAGCAGUUCUAUCACUUAUAAUUAGUUAUAAGAAAUUAUAAUGUUAAAAAAUUUCUCAGUUUUUACUAACACUGUACUCGGGUGAUAUUAAUAAAGGUUUAAAUAAUUUAUCUCUAAUUUUAUAAUGUGUUGUACAGCCAGCUAGAUUAAAACUUUAAAAAUAAUAAAGCAAAACUACACUGUUACUCUUUUAUGAGAAAAUAGUUAUUAUUUUGAUAAAGGGCAAGAAAAAUCAAAUAGUUCAUUUUCAGAGAAAAAUAUUUUAAAUUGCUAAUGUACAUGAUUGUUUUGGUUAUAAUUUCUUUAUAGAAUGUAUCUUUUCUAUAUUACAUUCUUAAUAUUCAUCAGAUACCAUAUUGACCAUUCUCUUUAACUUCUUAACGUGGCAUAUUUCUGCUCUCCUUUCCCACAGACAGCUUCAUCUAUCUCCAAGGCUAACAUUCUAGAGCUGGAGAGUCCUUGGAGAAACUCUGCUCAGCUUUUUUGGGACAUUUAGAAAAAUACAUUUGGUAUUCUCCAAACCAGAAUGAUACAUUGUCUCAAAAUUUGUUAGACAGCUGAUGGGUGUUUUUGAGCAACAUCUUAAUAAUUCAGUUGUUUCUGUUUUAAUUGUACCAUUAAAAAUCAGCUUUAGCAUUUUUAUUCUAGAAUUUAAACAUUAAUCUGUUUUUAUAAAAGUUAGGUUUGAAGUUUAUAAGAAUAUAAAAUCUUAACUCACAACUGUUGUUUAAUAUUUCUAUCAAGGAAAAAAGCCGCCAAAAUUUGCUAUCACUCUAUAAUCCUAAGUAUUUUUCUUUUCAGUUUCAUAAGUAAAAUUAUAUGACUAUGCUCAUACUUCUCUAAUUUCUUAUAUAAUAUUUUUGUUAAUUUUAGUAGUUUAUGUUUUAUGCCUUUAGUCAUUAAAAUAAAAUGCAAAUGUGU